CCCGUUCAUUCCAUUCCCUUCCUUCACGACCCGUUAAACCCUAGUCGAGAAAUUCUUCCCUCCAAACGAAAUUGUAAUCAACGAGAAUAUGGAUGUUAAUGAAAGCCUAAACUCCACUUCCGCAACUGAUAAACCCGCCAAAAUCAGAUUCGAGUACGAGGAUGAUGAAUACAUCGAGGACGAAACCAUUGAAGAAGCCCCCACUGAGUGCUCGAAUCUGGAGGAAGACUCUGUCAUGUGCAUGCCGGAUGAUUCCGCGAUUGAUGGCGAUAAGACUAGCGCCGAUUAUUAUUUCGAUUCCUACUCGCACUUCGGUAUACAUGAAGAAAUGUUGAAGGACGUAGUGAGAACUAAAACAUACCAGUCUGUUAUUUAUAAGAAUCGCUUCCUUUUCAAGGAUAAGGUAGUCCUUGAUGUGGGUGCUGGGACAGGAAUCCUCUCACUUUUCUGUGCUAAAGCUGGGGCUAAGCAUGUUUAUGCGGUCGAAUGUUCUAGCAUGGCGGAUAUGGCAGAGGAAAUUGUAAAGCUUAACAAUUUUUCAAAUGUGAUAACAGUUCUUAAGGGAAAGGUUGAAGAGAUCGAGCUGCCAGUUGCUCAAGUCGAUAUUAUUAUUUCUGAAUGGAUGGGAUAUUUUCUGGUCUAUGAAAACAUGUUGAACACUGUCUUGUACGCUCGUGACAAGUGGCUGGUCAAAGAUGGACUUGUCCUGCCAGAUAUGGCCUCCCUGCAUUUGACCGCAAUUGAAGAUGCUGAUUACAAGGAAGACAAGAUUGAAUUUUGGAACAAUGUGUAUGGAUUUGACAUGAGCUGCAUUAAGAAGCAAGCCUUAUCGGAACCUCUUGUUGACAUUGUGGAGCAGAAACAGAUUGUUACAAACUGCCAGUUACUCAAGACAAUGGACAUCUCUAAGAUGGCUCUAGAGGAUGCUUCCUUCACUGCACCUUUUAAGCUUGUGGCAGAACGUGAUGACUACAUCCAUGCUUUUGUUGCUUAUUUUGAUGUUACGUUUACUAAAUGUCAUAAGUUGUUGGGCUUCUCUACAGGGCCCAAGUCACGAGCUACUCAUUGGAAACAAACAGUUCUCUACCUUGAAGAUGUGCUGACAAUAUGCCAAGGGGAGGCGGUUGUAGGGACUAUGACUGUUGCACCUAACAAGAAGAAUCCUCGGGAUGUGGAUAUAAUGCUCAAGUACUCACUGAAUGGACGGCAUUGCCAGGUCUCAAGAACACAAUAUUACAGAAUGCGCUAAUCUCUUUGUGAUUGACGAUCUAAAAUGAUUGUGGUAUCAUCUUUGUCCUACUGAUUUGGGAGAAGAAACGAGAAUUCAUUCACUUGCUGUUGAAAGCAGCUGUAAUGGUCUAAAGCAGCAGCACACAGAUUUGCAAAAAAUCAGCAGGAUCAUAUAUCUUCGAGUGUUUGAUUUUGACUGGCAUUAUAAUUUUAAGGAUUUAUAUUUAUGUUAAAAUUAUUUUUUGUCAAAUGAUGCGUUUCUUUCCA